GGCAGUGAUGCGCAGCAUGAAGACGCGGAUACAUCCGAAGCUGAUUGGAGGGGGUACACACACACACCACACAAAAGAACUGCGUAUGUGUGACCUCAGUUGCUCGACAGCCGGAUGGCUCGGCUCACACGUACGCAAUUCUCUUGUUGUGUGUAUGUCCCCUCCAUUCGUUUUUGGAUGAAGCCGCGUCUUCGUUCUAGCAUCAUUGCCCGUAUCCCCCUGUCACUUUUCUAACCUCUCCGCUGCUCGCGCUCUACGAAUGUCCCGGUGUUUCUGGUGCGGUGACUGGUGCAAUAAUCGAUUAACGGUGAUUUAAUCGGGCGAAAACAAUAAUAUGAUGUCGCGGUCAGUGCGCGCAGAGACUCGUAGUCGUGCCAAGGAUGACAUUAAACGAGUUAUGCAAGUGGUUGACAAAGUUCGUCAUUGGGAGAAAAAAUGGGUUACUAUAGGAGAAACAACUAUGAAAAUUUACAAGUGGGUUCCAAUCUCAACGCUUGAUCAGAAGAAGAAAGGAAAGACAGUUUCUGAUAAAGAAAAUGGUUUAUCAAGGAAAGGAGGAAUAGACUCUUCAAAUUCUAACUUUGGUCUAACCGAGGAUUCCAACACAUGUUUCUCCACUGUCAGCGACUCCCAAGGUCUGACAGAUUUCUCUGCCCAUCUGGGAUUCUCGGAGGACUCCAAUUCGCAGAAUAGCGAACCUACACCUAAGAGAUUGAAGACUGACUAAUGUUCAAUCUGACACCGUCAUCGUUAUUGUACGGAUCGACACAUUUAGGAAUCGCUGUCUUUUUUGUGAAUUUGCACUUGGUAAUUUUUUGUUGAGUCAUACCUCUCCAUGUGGAUGAAUGUGCAAGAGAGAUUUCUCUUUCCUGUUUCAUCCAAAUUUAGUGAGAUCUAUUAUAAAGAUAAUAUCUAUUAUAUAACAUAUAUAAUAUAUAUUAUAUAGAAUAUAUAUGUUUAUAUGUGUGUAUAUAUACAUACAUAUAUAUACAUAUAUAUACAUAUACAUACAGAUAUAUAAUCAUAUGAAAAACAUUAAUCCUAUGGAACAUUUUAAAUUAUGUGAAAUGGAAUUUAUAUUUUUUUACAUAUGAAUUUAUUACAAAUUGCCUCAUUGAAUUUAGGAAUUAGAAACGACUCGCUAAUUGGAUAGAAUAAAAUCUCUCGAAUGCUCAAUCCGUUUAUUAAAUCUUAGUUUUUUUUUUUUAUGUAUUACGUCACAGAAAUUGUUACAGAGAGAUCAGGAAAGCUGAAAAGGAGCUCGAUGAUGAACGUUAGGAAAGUUUAAAGUAUAAAAAGCGGAUUGUACAUUCGUAACGAUUGUAGCGACGUUGGCAGUAUUAUUUUCUUUGGAAAAAACUUUCUCUCUCGUUCGAAUAAUAUAUCGCAGACAAUGUCUCGAGAUAUACUUGAAUGCUUCGUACGAUUAUUUUUGCUAUGAGUCAGAUACUGGAAAUACACGUGCAUAGAUAGACGUACUUAUAAAUAUGUUCGCGCUUUCAAUUAGUCGUUGAAAGAGUCAUUGUAUAUACAUCAGAUAUCAUUUCUCUCGUCUAUUCGUACUAUAGGAGAACUUGCAUUCCUUUGCGUUACGUUAUAGCACCGUGACAUGUACAAAAUAAGCUUGAUUCGUAUGAAUAAAAUAGUUGAAUGACAUACUAAAUGUGCGUAUUGUACGUCGCUUGCGAGAAGAGUUACGAUGUUACUUGUCAGGCUCUGCGCGAAGAACCUCUCUUCUCAUUAACUUUCGUCGUGUAUCUCCGUUAAAACGCAUAAAAUGCAAGUGAUUCGUUGACGUUAUUUGUCUCUCUAAUUUCUUAGAAAGACUUACUUUCAAAUUGUUGAGUAUAAGACGCUAGAUCAAAACUCGACUGCAAUACUUUAUUAAAAACCCGAACUUUUUAUAAAAUCUUAUAAUGUAUACUUAGA